UUAUCUUGGCAUAUGAUGUUAGAAAUAUUAGACCUUAAUUUUCUCAGACGCCAUGAAGCAAAAUAAUGAAAUAAGUUAUUAUCCGGCCAAUGGUUUUCAUACUAAAAUCGCGAAAUUAAGGGCAUAUUGCAAGGGAGUUCGCCACCUGCGAACUGAUGUCCAACUCCAAGAUCGAGAUUGAAGCAUCGUGGAGCGCUGAGCGCAAGCAAGAUAGUACAAAAUGGCAGGGGGUGUGCUGGUCCCGGAUUUAUGGAAAAGCUGGGAAAAGCAAGGGAAACCUGAAUUUAUCAAGCUGUGUAAGCAGUUGACAAGAAAUGAAAAUGUCAGUCCUGUUUUAGUAAAGGAUGGAGUUAAUGGGCUCACAAGAGCAGUAUAUGAAUUAAUCUGGCAUGGGAUCAAAGGUCCUUUAAGACGUGAAGCAACAGUAGCUACUUUAUCGGAGAUAGUGAGUUUUCAUAAGGACAUGCCAUCUCUGAUGUUGGAUGUCAUAAGCAUAAUAGAUGCUGAAACAUCAUGUGCUGAAAACAAUUCAGAAGAUAGGCAAAGAUUUUGCAUAAUUGUUAAAGAAACAGAAAAGUUCUUAUCUGAAAAGUUACUGAAAGAGCGACUUGAAAUAGACACAUUACAAGAUGUAGGGACAUUAAAGAAUAGGAACUUUUACACAAAGUUCAUCAAAGUGAAAACCAAACUUUACUAUAAACAACGAAAGUUUAAUUUAUUUAGGGAAGAAAGUGAAGGAUAUGCAAAAUUAAUUACGGAGUUAAAUCAAGAAAUAUCGGGCAAUGUUACUCCCGGCAAUAUAUUGGAAGUUAUUAAGUCACUUAUAGGUUGCUUUAAUUUAGAUCCUAAUAGAGUAUUGGAUAUCAUUUUGGAAUCUUUUGAAUGCCGUCCUAAACUUGAUGACUUUUUCAUUCCAUUAUUGCGGUCUUACAUGUGUGAUCCCAAAAUACUUUGUGAAGUUCUGGGUUUUAAGUACUGUUUUUAUCAAACAAACACUGAAGAACCUACACCAAAGUCUUUGUAUCUUGUUACUGCCCUGAUGCUGCAACAUGGUAUAAUCACACUGGAUCAUAUUUAUUGUUGGUUGGCACCCGAGGACAAAGUAAUUUAUAGAGAAUGGGAGAAAGAAAUGCGAGAGGCUAAAGAGUAUGUUAGACGCCUCAAUAUUAUUUCAACUAAAGAAAAAGAGAAGGAAGAAGUUGAAGAGAAAGAGAAUGUACAGGAGAAGUAUGCUGCCAAUCAGAAGUUCGGUCUUUGUGAAGCAUUAUUGUUAAUUGGAGAUUGGCAUCAUGCUGAACAAUUAUGUAAAAAGUUACCUGAACAUUGUGCAAUGGACCAACCUCCUAUAGCACGUGCUAUGUGCCAAUUACUUCAUUCAGUUAUGGAGCCAGUUUAUAGGAAGAAUUGUGGGCUUGCCUCAAAAAUUCCUGGAAGGCCUGUUGCACAACUUGAUAACUCGCUUGCCCCAAAACCAGCCACUACAUUUUUAGAAUUGAGAGAUUGUGUGAUCCCUAUGCUGUUGGCAUUAGGACCAUCACUCCAUCAUGACCCUGUUCUAAUGUACAAAGUGUUAAGAAUUGCAAAGUCAGCUUUAACUCAGAAUUGUGAAGAAAAUCAACAAUUGGUUCCUGAAGGAGAUAAUCUUUACUAUGACAUUAUUACUCUAAUGGAUGAAGUAAUUUUACCUUCCUUGUCAUACAUGGAUUGCAACUGUUGCAUAGCUGAAGAAGUUUGGAAUAUUUUGAAGCUUUAUCCCUACCAGUGCAGAUACUGUUUGUAUAGUCGUUGGAAAAAUGAAACUUAUCAGAAUCAUGCGAAAUUACUUCGGAAAAGAGGUGAAGCUCAAAAGAAAAUUAAAUCGAUUAUGAAGCGUGUAAGUAAGGAAAAUAUAAAGCCAGUUGGACGUUUAAUUGGCAAACUUACUCAUUGCUCCCCCGGAUUCCUUUUUGAUUAUGUACUUCUUCAAAUACAGAUUUAUGACAAUUUAACAAACCCUGUGGUAGAUUCUCUGAAAUAUUUGACCAGUUUAUCUUAUGAUGUACUAGGGUUUUGCUUGGUAGAAUCUCUUGCUAGCGUGGAACGUGAUCGUUUGCAAAAUGAUGGAACAUCUUUAUCUCCAUGGUUGCAAAGCCUGGCAUCCUUUUGUGGAGCAAUUUUCAAGAAAUAUAAUAUUGAAUUAACUGGAUUGUUACAAUAUGUUGCUAAUCAAUUAAAAGCUCAGAAAAGUGUGGAUUUACUCAUACUGAAAGAAAUUGUGCAGAAAAUGGCAGGUAUUGAAGCUGCAGAAGAGAUGACUGCAGAACAGUUGGAUGCCAUGGCGGGUGGUGAAUUGCUCAAGGGAGAAGCUGGUUACUUUAGUCAAGUACGCAACACCAAGAAGUCUUCACAGCGACUGAAAGAAGCUCUUGCUGAGUCAAAUUUGGCAGUAGCAUUGUGUUUACUCAUGGCCCAACAACGAUACUGUGUUGUUUACAAAGAAACUGACCAGAACCAUUUGAAGCUAGUUGGGAAACUUUACGAUCAGUGUCAAGAUACAUUGGUACAGUUUGGAACAUUCUUGGGGUCAACAUUAUCCAUGGAAGAAUAUGUUACAAAAUUACCAUCAAUUCAUAGUAUGCUGGCUGACUAUCACAUGCAUGCAGAUGUUGCAUUCUUCUUAGCUCGUCCUAUGUUUACUCAUGCUAUAAAUCAGAAAUUUGAAUCCGUGCGAAAAGCCGAUCCCAAUAACAAGAAACUUUCACCAUCUGCUAAACAUCAGUUAUAUUGUGAAGCUGCCAGUGAAGUGAUGAGCCCUAUUGUUGCCUCUGUCCGGCCUUUACAUCCGAUGAAAGUGUGGGAAGAUAUUUCUCCACAGUUUCUUGUUACAUUCUGGUCUUUGACCAUGUAUGAUUUGUUUGUGCCAGCUGACAGUUAUCAGAGGGAAAUUAAUAAAAUAAAGGCUCUUGCAGCCCAAGCUUUGGAUGCAAAAGACAUGGCUGCUAGCAAAGGAAAGAAAGAACAAGAGAGAUUUCAAGCAUUAAUGGAGAAACUUCAUGAUGAAAAGAAAAAACAACAAGAGCAUGUGGAAAAAGUUAUGGCUCGCCUAAAGCAAUUUUCUGAAGCCAAUGAUCAUGUUGGUUACGAAAAUUACAGACAUGUUUGCCACAAAUGGCACUACAAAAUUACAAAAGCAAUGGUAGUUUGUUUGGACUCAAAAGAUUACGUACAAAUAAGAAAUUCACUUAUCAUUCUCAUCAAAAUACUGCCACAUUUUCCAGUUUUAGCUAAGUUACGGCAAAUUAUAGAAAGAAAAAUAGAAAAGGUGCGAGAAGAAGAAAAGAACAAAAGACAAGAUCUCUUCAUUCUUGCUACAAGUUAUAGUGGUCAACUUAAAGCAUAGUCGCUUACUUGAUUAGAAGAAUCGAUUUUCCCAAGUUGGUGACAAGGCUUCUAUGAGUCAAGAAAUAACUGUUAAACAAGAACCUAACCCAUCUCCUGCUAUUGUUCCUACUUCAACAAAACAAGUCAAUGGAGAAAUUAAACCUGAGAAAGAAAGAUCUUCAGAGAAACAUACAGAGAAAAUUAAGGAGCAAACAGUACGAGAAGUCAAAGACCGUGGAGAAAGGAAAAACUUGGCUAGGCAAACUGUUGAAGUUACUCCUCCGAAAGCUAAUAACACAUCCAAAUCUGUUUCAAGCCCCAGCACUGCAGACAGCAAACGUGAAUUAAGUUCAAGUACUUCAAAGGAAAAAGCCGAAAAGGAAAAAUCAAAGGAGAAAGAAUAUGAAAUCAAGGAAAAAGGGAAGAAAGAGGAACGUCGAGAAGAACCAGAAAGAGAGAAACGCAGUAAGGAGAAGAAAGAAGAGAAAGGAUCUCAAAGAGAAGAGCGAUCAUAUAGGGAUGAUCGCUAUGCCGAUAUGCCAUCUUCUAGUAUUAAAGAGGAGAGAUAUGGUCCAGUUUCUAGCAAUGAGCGUUACUACUCUGGAAGCAGUGAUCGAGUCCACUAUUACCAACGAGAAUCACAGCAUGAGGAACGUGAUCUCAGUAGCCUGUCCAAUAGCAGCUCGGGUUCUCUCCACAGACGCAGCCAAGAACCACCUGAGGUGGAGAGAGACGUGAAGAGACGGAAAAUGGAAGGCACAUCAUCUUCCUCGAAGAACUCGAAGCAUGAAGAACGCAAACAACAGUUACUGGAGGCAGCAUCUUCAGGAUUGAGCAUUGAAAAGACAGAGAAAAAGGAACGGGGAUCCAAAUCCAAAGAUAAAAGUCUACGUGAUAAGGGCACUGCAGAUGAAGAAAAGGAACUGCGUAAGGAGCGCAAAAUGAACAGAAAGCGGCAAGAUCGAGGUGAUGACACCAUUUUGGAACAGAAACGUCGGAAAGAUGAGGAAAAAAGUUCAAAGAUGUCAAGUCAUCAGAAUGGUGAUCCAACUGACAGUCAUCCACGAGAAAAACACCAUUACCAAAGAGACAAGUCACCUUAUUCACGUGAACGAGAACGAUCCCAUGACAGAGAAGGUCGAGAUAAACAUAGAAGGUCUAGUGAAGGCAAAAGAAGAUGAUAAUGAGAUGCAGAAGAAGAGGCAAUUUAUUCUUUUUUGUAAGACAAUGACGUCAAAGUAAUAAGUUGAAUGUUGAGUUUUAAAUGUAAAUUAGUUCUCAAUACCUGACCUUCCUCAAGAUUGUUAAAUAUAUGUUUGACUUUUAUUGAUACUUGUAUUUAGAAUUUCUUUUCAUUUUGACUACAACUUAGGGUUACUUUUAGAUUGGAUAGUUAAAAGUGUUGAUCUCAAGUCAGCAAUGUGUGCAAGGUAGUAUGUGAGAAUUGACUAAAUUGAUUUUUUUAAAAAUAUUUUUUAAGGAGUAGUCUGAAAAUUAUGUUAACAGUGAACUAAAGCUUCUGUACAUAAGUGAUAAAUGUUCUAAGCAUGAAUGACCUUUUACUAGAGGAAGUACAUAUCCUGACGAAUGUCAAGGGUUUAAUACAGAUCUUUGUAUUGUACAUUUUUUAAGAGAUUUGACAUGAACAUGGUUGCAUUUGCAAAAACAGAAGAAAAUGAGGAAAGAUAAUGCAAUUUAUGGAAUCAUUGUUCCUGACCAUAUUUGUAUAGGUACAUACAGUCAUGAACAUCAUGGUUUUGUAAUAAAUGUUGGUAAAAACAAAUUGUACUUAAUGUCAUUCAUUAAACCAUUUUUUAUAAUUAUAAAAAACACACAGUCGCAAAGUGGGAUUCAGAUCGUACCUCAGUAUUUGUAUAUUGUGCUUGAGAUUUUUACAGUUAUCAGAAAUGCAACACACACUUUCGCACACCACAUGUGUUGAAUUUAUUUUCUUUAUUGAGCUAUUUUUAUUAUCCAGUUAUUAAUAACAUUGUCACCAUGUAAUUUUGAAAUCUGUUUAAUCCUAUUUAACAUAAUGGUCAUGCCAAAAUUUGUACUACCACUUGCUGAUUUGACACAACCAAUUAUGCUUGGAAUUAGGCAGCUACAGUCAAGUUGAGUAUUAAAGUUAUCAGCUUUAAUAGCAUUAUUAAAGAAGAUAAUGAUGGAAUACAUUUUCAAUGCAAUACAGUAUUAAUAUAGCUUUAAAUAUUCAUAUAGAAAUUGAAACAUUGGUGACAGAAAUUUGACACUUGGGUUUCUCUUCAACUUUGUAGCUGCCAAAACUAACUGUGACCAUAGUUUGGGAAAUGUGUUUCUUCAAUCCAUUCAUUUUCAUGUAUUUAUAAUGAGGUCUUUCAAACUUGGAGAAAAGACAAACAGGGUAUUGAAGAAUUAUAAUACUACAACUCUGUGGAUGAUACAAAUACCUCUGAUUUAUAAUAAUUGUUUAUUAGUUCUGAACAGAAAUGUACAGUGAAAUGUCAACGUAACGAACAUUUCAGUUUUGCGGUAUUAUUUCUUGGUUCCCACCAAUUUUCUUAUGGAUCAUUAACAAAAUUCAGCCUUUCAGUGUUAAGAAAGUAUGUUAGUGUUUCACCUUUUUGCUAAAGUUUUAAAGUUUAUUUUCUCAAAAUAUAAUCAAAAUUCGUGUUGCAAUAAACAUUUUUCUUAUAUUGUAUAUUGUUAUUUAAACAUUACUACAAUUCUAACCAUUUUCCGUACAUGAAUGCAAUUGAUUGAACUUUGCACAUCUUCCAAUGCCAGAAGUCACGUUAUUGGUUGGGGGAGAAGCACAUAGUUCAUGAACUACCAAUCAGUGUUAAGAUUUCAUAUCUUGAUUUUAUUGUUUGAUUGAUUUUAUCAUAUGGAUCAGAAACUCAAGACAUUUGA